GUGUCCAAAUAGGGAGGGGUGUCGGGACUAUAAAGGGUCAGCUGGAUGUCUCCCUGAGCUGUGACUGGGACAAGAUUAUAAUCCUUAACAAUGAUCUCCUUCAAAAUGCUCCUCUGCGCUCUGGUUCUGACUCUGCUGGCGGUCACUGGGGAGUCUUCGUCUGGUGGCGGCGGCACCCCCAACCACAACUACGAGUUGUCAGGGUCAGAACUGAGGAGGCUGUACAACUCUGCGGUUUUCAAGGCUGAGAGGAUGAAGAGGCCGCUGGAUGGAACUUCCUUUGUGUUGGGACCACUCAGCCACUCUGGAGUCAGAGUGACGCUGGCUGACAGAUCCCAAUGGCUCAUCCACAAAGGAGGCAACUAUGGCGUCUCCUCUCAGACGGUGGUGACCAACGCUCGUCACAUGAGCUCAGACUGGAGGGUUGUUCAAACGUUGGACUUCCAGGGGACAAAGACCGUUGCAGACUUUGUGGCGGCCGGCGGCUCCGACUACAGCCUCAUCUUCGAUAACUGUCACCUGGGAUCUCGUCGAAUGAUGAAUCAGUGACUCUUCUACUUUAUGAAAGUUGCAGUUGCAGUUUGUCUCUUCUCUGCUGAACAGAUAAUAAAGCUGAAAGCUCACAGAA